AUGGAGUCCGGAAAGAUACUCUUGGCCACGCGAGCGGAGGAUGAAGUAUCUUCAGAUGGUGAAUCUCCGACUGAGCUUAGUCUGGAUCGGACUGCUUCAGAAGAGCCUAUAUUACAUACAUUCAUAUCGAAUAUGGUUCCCAGUCAGACCCUUGGCUCCACGACCCCCCAAAACGUCAAUGAAACAUACACCAUAGCCAUCAGCAAUCAGUCCGGUCAGACUCAAACAUACACUCUUUACAACCAGGUCCCCAGUGUCAAAGGUACGGCCAAUAAGAUCACUUCACACUCUAUCCUAGUCGCACGCGGCGUCACUGCAACCACUGGGACUGUAACCAUGACCAUUCCUCGUAAUAACUUCUACGCCUUCUGUGGCGUCAGCUAUCAAGACGAAGCGGUUCACAUAAAUACCAUGGACAGGCAACCUGUCAAACUCUCUUCUGAUGUUGGCUCCUCCGACUCCACCAUCGGCACGACUUCCAUCAUCACAGGCAAUAAAGACGCACUUUCUUUUGACACGUCUGGCAUACCAACGGUCAAUGCAGAGCCGGGUUUUUUCUGUAUCCAGACCCACGGCGGCUUCACCUACGACGACGCUAGGAACAGUAAUUUCGUUGUAGGCUUUGGCGUUGCUACGUCCGCGACCUCCAAAGUUGGCAUGUUUGCUUCUUUCAUCCCUGGUCCCAAUUCAGUGUACCAAAUCAAGCCGAGCAAGAUCUUCCAUGUUCUGAUCGGUGAUGUUGGUCCCAACUAUCCCAAGCCCGAGGACUUCAACCCUGGGACGUCUUGUACCAUUGACUUUACAACGCAAUCUUGGGACAUACAACUGGUUCAUGGUUCAGAGAAUAAGCUCAAGAUCAAACCAUUUUGA